ACACUGAAGACAUACCCCAGAGGUGGCACGUUUUUCUGUCCCUCGUCUCGCCCUUCCCCGUUCCACGAUCCCCGAGCUCUGUGUCUCUCGCAAGCAGAUAUCAAAGACCUGCUGCCGUAGUGCUCCAAGACAUGAAUUACGCUUGGCUUGCGCUGUGUCUAGUCGGUGGUUGCUGGGCUGCACAGGGUUCGACAGGGAGAGGCGCUGCGGGAACAGAGCUCAUCACCGAGCAGCCGAUAGUAGCGAUCUGGGCACACCCUUCGAACUCAAGCCUGCCGGACUGCGGUGGUGACUGCGAUUUUGUGAAGGGCGCCUACGUUAAUUGGCUUGCGAAUGCCGGCGCGAGAUCCCUGCCGAUUCGGUACGAAGCAACGCCGGAAGAGUUGAGACCGAUCCUGGACCAGGUGAAUGGCCUCCUCUUACCCGGAGGGAACCCGUCGCUACCGGAAGGUGCGAGGCAAGUGGGCAUUGAACUAUGCGAAGGAAUUGAACGAUGACGGCGACUUCUUCCCCGUGUGGGGCACGUGCCUUGGCUGGGAGUGGAUGGCACAGACGUUCGCGGGAGACUACCCGGUUAUAACUGUCGAUUUCGAUGCCGAGAACUUCACCCAACCACUUGGUCUCCUGGCCGAUGCUGGAGAGAGUCGAAUGCUGUCCGGAGUGCCAGCGAGCCUGCUCGAGAAAGCCAAGGUCGAGCCCUUGGCAGCCAACGCUCACCACAAGGGAGUCUCACCGGACGAUUUCGUCGAGUCUGGCCUGGAUACGAUGUUCAGGGUAAUGGCCAUCAACGCCGACAGACAGGGCGUUCGGACGUACGUGAGCGUUGCGGAGGCGUUAGACUACCCGAUGUACGGGCUGCAGUGGCAUCCCGAAAAGAGCCAGUUCGAUUGGGGCUUGGAUCCAGACGGCACUCCUCAUUAUGUCAUUAAUCACAGCAAGGAUGCGGUGGAAUUGUCGCAGGUGUUGGCAACUUUUUUCGCUUCGGAAACCCGCCGCAACGGGCAUUCCUUCACUUCAAUCUCCGACUGGGAGCCUGGAAUGUUUCACAACAGAGAUGUCACCGCCUCUGGACCCAUCAACGGCCAGAUGUACAGCUUCCACCUGUCGGAGAGCGGCAGAACAACGAGUGCGUUAGCACCUACCAAAGAUCUACGACGUCAAAGACAUUCGCAGCAGUUCGGAAGAGGCGUGAGUAUGGAGGGUGGUAAGGCACAACCGCCCUUGCAGCAGUCGUCUUCAAACCGACAUCGAACGUUGCUGCGGGGAACGUGAAGGCGCCUAACGCCAGCACAUGAUACAAAAAACCAGCUGAGUUAUGGUCUCUGCACGCUGCAAACACUGAAAGAAAAGGCUGAGACCCUGGCACUGCUGACUGGGGCCGUGCCUCAUACUUUUGUGUCCGGCGCCUUGUAUGCACCGCCGUUGUACCCAAGUUUUUUUUUGUGUCAAACGUGGGAGCGGAAAGAGUAACGACAUAUAGAUUUUAUCGACCGCCGCUGUACCAAGGUUUUUUAUUUCGUCAAAACGUGGGUGUGGAGACAGGAACGACAUGUAUUUGUAAUUUUUGGGCCUUGCUCCUUCCCGAAUGAUUUUGCUGUCACGUGUUAAGUUACCUGUACUGCACGGCAGCAGGUUGUAAGUGGAAGGGCGUGUAAUGUCUUCAACCUGGCAUCGGUGUAUAGCUCUAGCGGUAGCAGCAGAAACUGUGGCUCCAAGGGUGCGAAUAACGUAGAGAGGAAUGUGCGGACUGUCAAGCCCGACCGUUUAGGCAUUUUCUUCUUUCCCCAAGACCCGAACAGAAAAGUGAAAUGGUAACCAGGCGUAACGCAUUUUGUACAUCAUGUUCAAUGUAAAGUCACAAAACGUCAUCAUCUCGUGACAUUAGACUUCGUUUCAGAGUGCACCAGUUUGGGGUGUUUUUUGUCCGGCCACACAUUUGGCGACAGCGUGCGUCCCGACGGAAUGCCGAGUUGUCGUCACACCAUAUGUGUGGCGAAGUUUGGUGCUGCGACAACGACGUGUACUGAAGUUUUUCGUGCUGUCAUACCCUGCCAUGAGUGUCACGACAAAAUGGCGGUACGUAGGGCGAUACUAUUGCUUAGAAUAGACAAGAGCCCAGAAGGGUGGCCAUAAACAAGUGGCACACGGCAUGUCAAUCGGUGUGUUCCGUAGUUGACCUGGUUCUGCGAUUGAAAGUGUUGGUGCACCUGUCGCUUGUGGCGGUAAGAUGUAGAAGAAAACAUUAUCUGACACACCGCACAAACACAUAUGCGUGUCAUGCCUAAACAUUG